UCUCUCGCCGCGGAUGGCGCAGGCGCGUUUCGGGGGCUCCGCUUCUGGGAUCACUGAUAGUUGGGCCGAACGGGCGCGCGCGCGCGCCGGCUGUGCAGGGGGGCCGCGCGUCGGACGCGGACGGCUCCAGGGGCCCGGCGUGGCUGCGUCGGGAGCGGGACCGGCCGGUGACUAGCGGGCGCUGCGAUGGCCGAGGGUAGCGCGGUGUCCGACCCGCAGCACGCCGCGCGCCUGCUGCGAGCGCUCAGCUCUUUCCGCGAGGAGUCCCGCUUCUGCGAUGCGCACCUGGUCCUCGAUGGGGAGGAGAUCCCCGUGCAGAAGAACAUCUUGGCGGCAGCCAGCCCGUACAUCAGGACAAAGUUAAACUAUAAUCCUCCAAAAGAUGAUGGAUCAACCUAUAAGAUUGAACUUGAAGGGAUAUCGGUAAUGGUUAUGAGAGAGAUCCUGGAUUACAUCUUCAGUGGGCAGAUCCGGCUAAAUGAAGAUACCAUCCAAGAUGUUGUACAGGCAGCGGACCUGCUCCUGCUGACGGACCUUAAAACUCUGUGCUGCGAGUUUUUAGAAGGCUGCAUCGCUGCCGAGAACUGCAUUGGGAUCCGUGACUUUGCCCUUCAUUACUGCCUGCACCACGUGCAUUACCUUGCCACGGAAUACCUGGAGACCCACUUCCGAGAUGUCAGCAACACAGAAGAAUUCCUAGAACUGAGUCCUCAGAAGCUUAAAGAAGUGAUUUCUCUUGAGAAGUUAAACGUUGGCAAUGAAAGAUACGUAUUUGAGGCAGUAAUUCGAUGGAUAGCACACGAUACAGAAAUAAGAAAGGUCCACAUGAAGGAUGUUAUGUCAGCACUGUGGGUUUCAGGGUUAGACUCCAGCUACUUACGAGAGCAGAUGCUGAACGAACCGUUGGUUCGAGAAAUUGUCAAAGAGUGCAGCAACAUACCACUGAGCCAGCCGCAGCAAGGAGAGGCAAUGCUGGCCAAUUUCAAACCCCGGGGCUACUCGGAAUGCAUCGUGACUGUUGGUGGAGAAGAAAGAGUUUCACGGAAACCAACAGCAGCAAUGCGAUGUAUGUGCCCUCUUUAUGACCCCAAUAGGCAGCUUUGGAUUGAACUGGCCCCUCUAAGCAUGCCAAGAAUUAACCACGGAGUGCUCUCAGCAGAAGGAUUUUUAUUUGUAUUUGGGGGCCAAGAUGAAAAUAAGCAGACCCUAAGCUCUGGAGAGAAGUACGACCCAGAUGCAAACUCGUGGACUGCAUUGCCACCAAUGAACGAGGGAAGACAUAACUUUGGAAUUGUGGAGAUAGAUGGAAUGCUGUACAUUUUAGGAGGAGAGGAUGGGCCCAAAGAGCUAAUUUCCAUGGAGUGUUAUGAUAUUUAUUCCAAAACCUGGACAAAGCAACCUGAUUUGACCAUGGUUAGAAAGAUUGGCUGCUAUGCAGCUAUGAAAAAGAAAAUCUAUGCCAUGGGCGGAGGGUCGUACGGAAAACUUUUCGAAUCCGUGGAAUGUUACGACCCACGGACCCAGCAGUGGACUGCCAUCUGUCCACUGAAAGAGAAAAGAUUCGGAGCGGUGGCCUGUGGCGUGGCCAUGGAACUGUACGUGUUUGGCGGUGUCCGAGGCCGCGAGGGCAUCCAGGGCAGCAAUGAGAUGGUGACCUGCCAGUCGGAAUUCUACCAUGACGAGUUUAAAAGGUGGAUCUACCUUAAUGACCAGAAUUUAUGCAUCCCCGCCAGUUCCUCUUUUGUUUAUGGAGCUGUACCCAUAGGAGCCAGUAUUUAUGUUAUCGGAGAUCUUGACACGGGCACCAAUUACGACUACGUGCGUGAGUUUAAAAGAAGCACUGGAACCUGGCACCACACUAAACCACUCCUUCCAUCCGACCUCCGCCGCACUGGGUGUGCAGCCUUACGUAUUGCAAAUUGCAAGCUUUUCCGCCUGCAGCUUCAACAAGGCUUAUUUCGUAUCCGUGUUCAUUCACCUUGAAGAGGAAGCGGAGCGGAAGCAGAGCUCCUGACCAAGUGCACCAUCACAGGGCUUCACGCGAGGGGGACCGAGAUGGCAGCCUAAACUUGCUCUGCAUGCCAGGCUUUGUGUGGUAACUCUGGUGGUUUUAUAAUGCUUAGACGCUUGAGCUUCAGCUCUUGUUUGGGAGAACAUGUAACUGUUCAAAAACUACCUGGCAGGAAUUGGUUCCUCCAGUUAGGUGUGUCUGUAGACAAAUGGAGGCUAGACUGUCAAAAGGAAGGGGGAGGUGGGAAUCAGUAAUUAUGUAAAAUAUUGAAGUUAAAAUACUAAGGUGCAUUUUUCCUGAAGGUACACUGCUGUGUACCCGGCUUUGGUAAGCAAACAAACAAAAAUCCGUAUAUGCAAAUCAACAUAUCCAAGCAUACCAAGACUGCUUUUGUACUGCACUUGGAAGGAAACAUUAUGCCUAACCCCACCUGCCCAACAAAUUAAGGAUUGUGCCUAAAAUGUUACAUUGGAUGGUGUGCCAGCUAGUCUCCAUUUACUACUAGUAUUCUGUGCUAAGAAUCUUUUUAAAACUAUAUUAUGGUAAAUUGAAACUAAGAUAAAAUUUCUCUUUGAUGACAUUCUAUCUUAGUAACACUCAGUAAAUUAACAAGUCAGGUUGCAGCCCUCGUAUGAAUUUAAAGGAAGUUGCUAACUUCUGUGUUAAUUUGGAUUGGGGUGUGUCCCGCCAUGAUUUCUGGGGUAGUGCUCUUGGAGUUGUGAAGGAUCCCAGGCAGUGCCAGUCUUCCCUUCGAGUAAUCAAAACCAUCUUAUGAAUUUGAGCAGGUUAGAGAGGAGGAGAUUUUAUAACAGAAAGACCUGAGUCAGAUAAAUAAUAAUGGUCUGCUGUGACCACACAAAAAAAUAAUAAUAAAAUAAAAUUUAAAAAAAAAAACUGACCAGACAAAAUAUAACGGGAUCAAAACUUUUAAAAAUAAUCUGUCUGAAA